AUGCUUGGUCAGGUGGUAUGUGCGGUUGGACAACCUUUUAUUCUAAAUAUUUGUACUCCUUAUUCUGCGUUAUGGUUCAGCGCGGGCAGUCGAGGUACCGCUAGUAUGAUUGCUGGUGUCACAAAUUCGGUUGGUAUGGCAGUUGCAUCGCUUAUUCUUCCUGCUAUUGUCACUGGAGCUGAUAGUGUUCAUACUGGUUUCCUUGUCAUCGCUUGUGUCACAACAGGUGUUGCACUACCCGCUCUUUUCGUACCCAAGAAACCCAAGACCCCUCCUUCACACAGCGCUUCGUCCAAGGACAAGUUUGCUAUUCCAUUUCGUCGGUCGCUUGGCCAGUUGGCUAAAAACUGGAACUAUUUAAUUAUUAUGGUUUCCUUUGGUAUUCUUUGUGGUAUGGCAUCUGCUUUGACCUCUCUCUUGACACAGAUUGUACAACCGUAUGGUGUAUCUGUGGACGAUGCAGGAUUUUUGGGUGCUGCCUUUAUUAUUGCUGGUCUUGUGGGAGCGAUAGUCACUGGUAUCUUUAUUGAUAAAACAGGUCGUCACAAGAUUGUACUCAAGGUCUUUGUUCCUAUUGUUGGUGCUGCUUACUUGGGCUUUUAUUUCGUUGUCAAAUCUGCCAACUACAGCGCUAUGAUGGGCGUUUGCUGUAUCCUGGGAUUCUUUACCUUUUCACUUUUACCUGUAGCACUCGAGCUUUCAGUUGAAUCAUCAUACCCUAUCAGUGAAGCUAUCUCUAGUUCUUUAUUAUGGAUGUGCUCCCAAAUAUUAGGACUUAUUAUCUUGACGGUCAUGGACGCACUUCGUAACCCAGAUGAUACGUACAGCCGAGGACUUAUUUUUGCCACUUGUGUCUCAUUUCCUAUUUGUAUCUUUACUACCUUAUAUAAUUCACCCAACAAACGUAUAGAGUUUGAAGAUAAGGCUAAUCAUAAUCAACAGCAGCAGUAA